AUCCGACUUUCUAAUCCUGGUUUAGCUCCUAGUCCAACAAUGAGCUGAAUAGAUUAUCAUAUUGGUGCUUUAAAUAUUUUAGACGCAACAGAUAGAAGUGAGAUUAGCAGCAAUUACCAUCGAUAAUUUUUCGCCAGUUUAGGGAGAAGAUGUGUUGUUUUCUCACGUCCUGCUGCUGUGGUUGGCAGUCCCUGGAGCAGGGUCUCUUCAUCCUAGCACUGGUCGACAUUCUCUUCAAUAUCCUCGUCAUCGGGUUCAAUAUUUCAUCAACCUUCUCCGGGUUCGCUAGUCUCAGUGGAGCUCUUAUCAUAGCAGAUAUAGGGUUGGCAGUCGGAGCUAAACUUGGGGUGAAACUAUUGAUACUGAUCUGGUUGGUGAUAUUCUUCCUUGAGAUCCUGAUCAGUGUUGUAGUUCCUCCCCUUGUCCUGAUUGCUCUACUAGUAGUUCAACAAGUUACAGGGAACAGUGACAGCUUUCUCUUCAACCUUGUCAAUCUUGACUUUGAGAGGGAUUCUCACAUUAAGUUCUAUAUCAAUAUUCUCAUUCGGUUUAUUGUUGGAUUCUUCUAUAUCUAUACUUGGAUGAUGGCACGCAGUCUUUUCAUGCUCAUAGGGAGGGUAGGAUACUCAGAUAAGAUGGAGCAGGGAGUACUAGUUGACAGAUCCGGGUGCAAACCCUUCAGUGAGUGCAGGGAUGAAUUAGUGAGGAUAGAUGAUGGAUUCCGUCCUACAUCAACCAAUAACGAGAUCAAACACAGGAACACGCUACAAAAGAUUGUUUACAAUGGUGGAGUUUGUCCAUCUGAGGACGGAGUAGCAUACUUUCCUCCGUUAUCAAGUGCUAGAAUUAGACCCGGAGCAGGAACUCCAACCCAACCAUGACUGAAGAGCGCAGGACGCGAUGUUCUCAAAACUCUCAUCAAAAUAUUCAAACAGAAGGACUGACAACUAUACACUGUAUGUAUCAGCUAGUUAAAGGAUUAAAUUAUUUAUUGUUCUAAUCAAGGUUAAACACAAAAAUAUAAAACUAUUUUGA